AUGCGAAUACCCGCAGGCCUCUCUUCGAUUAUUCUCUCCUCCGCCCUACUACCGAGCCUAAGCGCCGCAAGCGGCUUCGACUGCGCUCACAUCAACGUCGACGGGUUCAAGUACGACCUAAGUGAGCUGGGCGGUGUCCACUCGCUCUACAAUGUCGAGAAAACAGAGGAACACGUCGUGAACACCACAUAUGUACUGAACAUAUGUAACAUUCUGAAGGGGGCUGCGAUCAAGGGCCAUCUGAAGUGUGGAACAUCGAAGAACAUUUGUGGGUUUCAAUACAAAUACCCGGUCGACGGCUCCGAGGAAACAAGCCGUGCCUUUCCCAUCGUCGGACUCGAGCAUCUCGGUCACGGAAGCAAAGACCCCGAGAUCACCCGGCUGAAGAAACUCGACCCGGGUGAAGAGGGCCUACUGAUCAAACUUUCCGGAGGCAACUACGUCGACGACGAGGGGAAGAAGAAAGACGCGGGCGCGGUGCUCGAGUUCCAAUGUGAUCCUGAACGGUCAGGAUUAGAAGGCCUGAAGACGACCGAUGAGACCGACGACGAGAAGAAAGAGGCUGAGCGGAGACGCGCAGAAGGUGGAGACGGUAAAGAACAGCCGCCGGACGAGAAAAAAGACCGGUCGCACAGCCUCCAAUUCAAGAGCUUCGGAAAGGCCGAUGACGACUCAUAUGUGCUCAAGCUGAACUGGAGGACCAAGUAUGCCUGUGAUCAUUACCUGGAAGAGAAAAAAGGCGACUCGUCUAGUCACUGGGGUUUCUUUACUUGGUUGAUUAUUAUUCUCUUCCUCUGCAUCGCUGCUUACCUUAUCUUUGGCUCCUGGCUUAACUAUAACCGCUACGCGCCCGAGGAUGGGAUCUCCUCCCUCACGGCGACACUAUCCGGGAUAUUCCCUACAUCUUUCAGGAUUGGCUCCGUCGGGUAG